GAUCUCACCUCCUCUCCACCCCUCCUAUCUGCUGCCAGCCUCCAAACCAGAGCGCACAUCCGCCUGUGUGUGUGUGUGUGAGAGAGAGAGAGACACAGAGAGAGAGCAAGCGAGAGUGUGUGUGAGAGUGUGUGUGUGUGUAUGUGCAGACUGCACAGACGAAGGCACAAGGUAGAUUCACGGUGGAUUUCCCUGCGCAGGACUGAGCACUACUGAGCACGAGCCGAGCCGAGACCGAGCCAUGGAAGAACUGACGGCAUUCGUGUCGAAAUCUUUCGAUCAGAAAACCAAGGAGAGCAGCAAAGAGGCGAUCACGUACAGGGAAGUUUUGGAGAGCGGCUUGACGAGGGCGAGGGAGCUGGGCAGCCCGGAGACAAACCUGCAGGACAUAACGGAGAGCAGCCACUGCCCCGUGCAUCUGUUCAAGGACCACGUCGACCUGGAAAAGGAGAAACUCAAGGACUUUAGUGUUUCGAGGGCGACAGAAGGGAUUUACGAGUGUAAGGAGAAAAAGGAGGACGUGAAGUCGGAGGACGAGGACCCACAGGGCAAACUGAAGCAGCGGAGGAGUCGCACUAACUUCACCUUGGAGCAGCUGAACGAGCUGGAGCGGCUCUUCGACGAGACGCACUACCCGGACGCCUUUAUGAGAGAGGAGCUGAGUCAGCGGCUGGGACUGUCCGAGGCCAGAGUGCAGGUUUGGUUUCAGAACAGAAGAGCAAAGUGUCGAAAACAGGAAAACCAAAUGCACAAAGACAUCUUUCCCUUCACUCCAGGUGUUAUUCUGGGCAGUGGCAGUCACCUCGACGCUUGCAGAGUAGCACCCUAUGUCAAUAUGGGUGCCCUACGGAUGCCCUUCCAACAGGUCCAAGCCCAGCUCCAGUUGGAUGGAGUCACCCACUCCCACCCCCAUCUGCACCCUCACCUGACUGCUCACGCUCCCUACCUGAUGUUCCCUCCCCCUCCCUUCGGACUACCAAUCGCAUCUCUCGCAGACUCAGCCUCUGCAGCGGCAGCAGUGGCGGCAGCUGCCAAAAGCAACAGCAAGAACUCGAGCAUCGCCGACCUGCGACUCAAGGCAGGACUUCUGCGGGGCCAGUGGCUCAGUCCACUCCAGGCACAGAUCACAUCCCAAGGACCGUACAAACACAUGUGGAUGUCUGUGUGAGGGCCGGGCCGGGGCCCUGUCACACCAGAAGACGUUAGAACAAAGCAAACUGGCAGGCAG